AUGGCAACAGUCAGCACAACACUUGCACCCAAGCAACGAGCCAUCGUAGGACUCGAGGACGGCACGCUUGUCCUUUCCCACGACGUCAACGUUCCCGAACUCGAUAAUGACCUCGUGCUUGUCCGCACCAAAGCCGUCGGGCUGAACCCCAUCGACACCAAAAUGAAGGGCCACCUAGCGGCACCCGGCUGCAUCGCCGGCAUAGACUUCGCAGGCGAGGUAGUCGCCGUCGGGUCCAAUUCAACCCACAUCAAGAUCGGGGAUCGCGUCUGUGGCGCCGUCAUCGGCUACCACAAGCAGAAACCCGACAUUGGAGCGUUUGCCGAGGUUGUAGCCGCUACGGGGACAGGCCUGUUGAAAAUCCCCGAAGGCGUCUCCUACGAGCAGGCCGCGUCCCUGGGUUGCGCCGUCUCAACCAUCGGGCUUGCCCUUUUCAAAUCGCUUAAUGUCCCCGGAAAUCCAACGUCCCCCGCUGCGAAACCCGUGGAUGUCCUUGUCUACGGCGGCAGCACUACGACCGGCACCAUGGCAAUCCAGCUGCUCAAGAUGUCCGGCCUGAACCCCAUAACAGUCUGCUCCCCCACCAACUUCCCCCUCGCCACCUCCUACGGCGCCACCGCCGUCUUCGACUACCACUCUCCAACCUCCAACAUAGCCUCCAUCCGCAAGCACACGCGCAACUCGCUCAAGUACGCCCUCGACUGCGUCUCGACCCCCGAGACAAUGGAGUUCUGCUACAAAUGCCUGGGUCGGACCGGAGGGAAGUAUACAGCGCUAGAACCCUACGCUAAAGCUUUGCACACGCGCCCGCGGACUGUGGUGCCGGAUUGGGUGCUGGGUCCCGCCGUGCUGGGCGAGGCCGUGGGCUGGCCUGCCCCUUUUUGGAGGGAUGAGGAUCAGGCGCUGCGCGGGUUCGGGGUCGACUGGUUUGGUACAGUGCAAGCGCUGUUGGAUGAGGGGAGGAUUAGGACGCAUCCGGUCAGGGUUGUGGAGGGCGGGUUGGAGGGCGUGACGGAUGGGUUGGAGAUGCUAAGAAAGAAGCAGGUGUCGGGGUGCAAACUUGUUUGCGCUUUGAGUUGA